GGACGUGACCUUAAAGAGAUUCCCCUAGAGAUGGUGAGGGGAAGACGAGGCUGUGGACGUUUGUCCCACGCACACAUUUCACUUAACAAUAGCAGCGCAUUUCAGACUGUAUUCUAGGCCGUCCCUAAAAUAUUCAUCGCAGCCCAUGAGUCAGCGGCGAAUAUUUGCAGUUGUCAGUUCAAGGCUAAAAAGAGUGUUUUGCUUUCAGUAAUAUUUAACUGGCUAGUUUUGGCCACAUCCCACAGAGCCUGAGAAACUGCUACUGAAUUCACUGUGGAGAUCGUGAUCUCUGUUCAGUCUGGAAUACUGUAAAACUCAUCCUGGAUUUCUUAAGAACAAUGGCCUGACUGUAUCUCUGACAAUAUGCACAUCCACAUCCUCCAGCUGUGUGUCAUCCAAGCUGCAGCCUCUUUUAUCCAUCUAGAACCUAGGAACGUCAGUGUGUUGCGAGGCAGAGAGGUCCGCUUUAACUGCAGCACCAAUGCACCCUGGGACGUCAUGAAUUGGCGGUUGGGUGAAGACACAAUCCUCGUCGUUUCUGUGGAGCAUGGUACUCUGGCCAGAUCUGAGAGCAUCUCCACAGUCAAUCACUCCAUGUCCUCUCUGACAGUGUGGGAGUUAAUCCUGAGCAACUCUUCAUUCAGUCAGACGGUACAGGAGAUCAGAUGUGAACUGCUUCCUACAAACCUCAAAUCAUCAUCGGCCUUGUUUGUACAAGAAAAAGGAUCUGUCAGGAUUUUGGAGGGUGACCUGUCAGUUCAACGGGGAGUGUUUGUCACCUUCCAUUGCCAAGCUAUUGGUUGGUAUCCGGAGCCUUCGGUGUUGUGGAUGGUCAAUGGCACCAGCGUUGACAGAAGUGACUACAACACCAGCAGUAUUCAGGAAACCAACAACCUGUUCAACUCCACCAGUGAGCUUCAGUUAAAAGCAGACACCAGCACCACAGUCGAGUGUUGGGCAUCUGUGUCUGCUCCUCUGUCUCGGCAAAACAGCAGUGUCAAACUUACUGUAGUGGCACCAAAAUCCACACAGGACUACACAGUUGUGAUCGCUGUAAUAGUGUCGGUGUGUACUAUCAUUCUGCUGGCAGUUCUCAUCCUGAUCCUCUGCUACAGAAAAAAACUGGCGAAAUCAAGCUCUGAAAAUAAAGCCAGUUUUUACUCUUCAUGGGCUGACAAUUUAAGCUGUGAGAGGAGGUCUGUUGCUGAUGAAACCAGUGGAAAAGUGAAUCUAGGAUACAACACUGAAGACAUAACAAGUUCAGGACACAGUGACCUCGGGAACAGAGCUGACAGCACAAUAUACAUCAGCAGCUCUCCACAGGUUCCUGAUAUUGUUAUUUUCAGCUCUCAAAACCAGGACCUCUACUCCAAUAGCGCAAAGAAGACAGUCCGCCAGGUCACCACAGUCUGACCUCUGGGUCAAACACACGGCAGCCACUUACUGAAAGAAUAGUGGCUUACAUGCUGUUUUUUGGGGCCAGUGUUUUUCAACAAAGUCAUCACCUUGGAAUUAUAAGGUUCUAUCUGCGUUUGGAAUGAUUUUGAGAUAUUGAGCUUCAAAGUUUUUGCAUUCCAUAUAGCAUACAGUAUGUGUGUAACAUCUGUUUUAAAAAUAAAAAGUCUUAAAAUGUAAACAACUUAUAAAAAAACAUUGCAUAAUUUAAAUAAGUUGUCAUUUAAUAAGAAUGUCAAUAACUCAAUUUUUGACAAAAAUGUCAGAUAGAACCUUAUAAUUCUAAGGUGAUGAAGUGAGUCUGACAUUAUUGGUACGCUAAUAAUAAUGUGCUGAAGACCAAGAUGCAAUGGCUCGAGUGUCAAGAAGGUGGGGACAUAUCACAAAAUAUGAGCUCUGAAUCCAUCUUAUUUUGAAGUUAUUUUGAUUUACUAAUAUACUGCUUUUAUUUAUAUAUUUUCUACUUUAGUGCUGAUCUUUAGUAGUGACCUUUUCACGAUUUUUACUAGUUUUUAAUAUGUGUUUUGUUGCUUUUAAUUACUCAUUAUUAUUAUUAUUAUCAUUAUUAUAUAUUUGUUGUUUUUUACAGAGAAAUGGCAACUAGCUGAAAUUAACUAUUUGUUUUUAUUUGAGUUAACCCAUUUGUGUACAAAUUUUUUUGAAUGGUUUCAUGCAUACACUGUAAUAAAUUUCCAGAAUUUCACAACAUGUUACUGUAUUUUUUCACAGUAAAUUACAUUAAUGUC